UCCGCGUCAAGUUCGUGCAUGAUUUUUUUUUUUUUUUCUUUUCUUUCUUUUUUUUUUUUUCUAACCGAGAAGCCGUCGCAUGCACUCACAAUGAGAGAGAAAGCAACGGAGUUUUUAGCAUGAAGCUUUUCCUCACAUGUCCAGUUUUUGUUGCUCCCCGUUGACGGCUUUUUUGAGUUACUUUAGAUGCUUCUCGACACAUUUCCGUUAUGCGAAGUCCAACUUGUUGGUUAGUCGUCGUGCUGCGGUGGGUGCCCAUCCGAGAUAACGGAGAACUGGUUCUCAGCUGGCGUGGUUACUGCAAUGAAUGGUAACACUAUCCAUCCAGCCAACACCGCCACAACAGCAGGAGGCCCAGGCAUAGCAGCACCCCCAAGAGGCUGGAGGGAGUUCUGUGAGCUGCAUGCCAUCGCCACAGCUCGGCAGCUGGCUGGACACUACCGGAGUUUUGCCAGAGAGCGCCCACAACAUGAUGUGCUCCCACCAGAGACCUUUUCCAAGCAGUUCACAGACCUCUUCCAACAGCACUUCUGCUGCGAAGUUGACAAAGAUGGCACUCCGCUCAACCAUAACACAUGUUCUACUUCUACUGGUAAUGCUUCUUCCACCACCCUGACAGCCCCUCCUAUUCCAUCGCAGACUGUGACAGGUCGAUCACGAAUCACAUCCCUAUCUGGGAUCCAGGACUACCGGGAAGCAGGCCGACAAAGCGGAGGAGCAGCUCUGUUUACUGUGGUGUCACAAAAAGUUGAGCCGGUGGUGGUGAGCCGGGAACAAGAGCAGCCACUGCGAUGCGCAGCAGGAAACUCCUUAUCAGGAACCCCGGUGGUGCUCAGGGGGUCGACUCGAAGCACUGGCAGUGGGUCGCUGCUGAUUCGUAGUCGCAGCAAUGAGGACAUCUCUGGCACUGAGCAUCGCCAGGCAUCUGAACGGUACUCAUCUGACUCCUCAGCCUCCAACCCGGGGCACACCGAAGUCACACACUUCUCUGUCAGCCAGAUCAGGCAGACUGUAAGACGGCUUCUCAAGAAAAGGCCCCUUCCCAGUCCCCCCUCAUCCCAGGACCUGACUCCUAGCAACCCCAACCCAAGCAACAACAACAAUCCUUCAAACAAUGGUGACAGAGUUGGUGGAGUCUCCACCACAACCGAGGAGGUGUCAUCCUCUUCAUCGGCCUCCCACUCUUCCUCUUGCAUGAACUCUGAAACUUCGCCUCCAGCUUCUUCACAUCUAUCUGUGGCUGGAGUGGCCUCUCACAUCCUGGAUCAUUUCCGCUGGUUACGCAGUGGAAGCAUGAGGCAGAGGAGGUCAGAGGUGAGCGGCUGCUGUAAAGAGGGCCAACUGAGGUACUUGCUGGUGGAUGACACUAUCUCAGACUCUCAGCCCCGCUGGCAACGAUGCCGCCUGCUGGUCAGGAGGAUCAGAGACACUCAAGGCGGAGGACGAGGCGGAGGAAGAGGAGGUGGAGAGAGGUACCAGUUGGAGCUCUAUGAUCCUCCAAAGGCCUCCAGUCCCAAACUGACGACUCAUUGCUCAGAUAUUCAAGAAGUCCGUCGAUGCAACCGGCUGGAGAUGCCCGACAACUUUAACACAUUUGUUUUGAAGGUUAAUCGAGGCAGCCUGAUAUUUGAGACGGACAAUGACCAGCAGGUCAGCUCCUGGACCACAGAGCUGAAAGAAUGUAUCAGCAACAGGUCGGGCAGCGUGGAUCUGGAGCCCCUCCCCUCAUCAGCUGACAGCUCUGUUUCAGCCAAUCACAGAGGGAGCUCUGAGUCAGGGAAUCAGACCCCUGUCACCUUCACCCUGCCCGAGCAGGGCAUCCAGAAAACCGAUCACUUCCUGUUCUCCUACCCCUGGUUCCACGGGCCCAUCUCCCGAGUCAAGGCCGCCCACUUGGUUCAGAGCUCCGGACCAGAAGGUCACGGGGUGUUUCUGGUCCGACAGAGUGAAACACGCAGGGGAGACUAUGUCCUCACAUUUAACUAUCAAGGCAAAGCAAAGCACCUGCGUCUGUCUCUAACUGAAUGGGGUCAGUGCAGGGUCCAACACCUGCGCUUCCCCUCCGUUAUGGACAUGCUCAGUCACUUCCGCCUCUUCCCCAUCCCGCUGGAGUGCGGAGCCGCCGGCGCCGUCACGCUGUCCAGCUUCGUAGUGGCCGGAUCCAGCCCUCCUUCACAGGGUCAGCUGUCAGGCGCCCUCCUCGCCCCGUUCUCCCUGCAUCGGUGGAGCUCGGAGCCCAGCUUGGCUCACUGCAGCCUGGCCCGAAGCUCCAGUCAGCCCCCGUCCUCCUGCUCCGCCACCAGCAGCGGCAGCACCUCCACCUCCGCCUCCACCUCUGGUCCCAGGUCCGCCCCCCAGCCAUCCCCCCGCGCCAACCCUCCUCCACCGGAUCCCUCCUCUGUGUCAGCCCCCGCCCCUCUGCGUCGGAGCGAGUCAAUGGGACGCAGGCCCCUGUUCCGCCACCCGAGCACCCACGCUCCCAUCAUCCCUCAGCGCGACUCGGACUAUGAGCUUGAGCCUGAGAGAGGACGCAAGCGGGCGAUAGACAACCAGUACAUGUUGCUUUGACCGCCGUGACCUCAGACAGACAGACAGACAGCAGUCACCUGUGAAGCACACAUCAAACACACACAUCGAACACACACAUCGAACAGCUGAUACUAACGUGAUCAAACACACUUCUGAAACCUUGGAUGAGUGUAUGGUGUUUUCACACAGCACCGAGUCAGAGUGGGUGUGUGUUGACCGAUGUGAGACCACCACCACAGUCCACAGUGAAUGUAUUUCUGGAACAUUGAUGAAUAUCUGUGUUUUACUGAUAGGGAGGUUGUAUGUGUGUGAGAGAGAGGGAGAGCCGUGUGUGUAGCUGUCCUCCAGCCCUGGCAAAAAAAAAAAAAGACAUUUCUAAUUGUGAUCAAUAUGAUCAUCGAGGUGCGCUUGAUUUAACUUCUUUGGCACGUAACCACAUGGGAAAGUUAAAUCCGGUGGUGCUUUGAAAUAUUUAAGAUCACACAUCUAAAAGUGUGGAGCAAACUCCCAACUUUUUAUACAAUAAACAGCACUCUAUUUUAGAGUGUGAACACACUCUAGUGCAUACUCCUUCUCUUGCGCAUUAUUAUGUAUCAAAGUGCACACGCUUUCAGUGCACUUUAGAAACAAUGUGUAUUAUUUUCUAUACACAGAUUCUUUUGUAGAAAAUUAGAAAACCAAAUAAAAAAAGCGAUGAAACCUUGGUUAAAGUCAGUCGGGAAGCUGUUUCCUAGAAAUCGUAGUGUUUUUUUCAUCACCCCAAACCUCCUGAUAAGCGAUUACAGAGAACCACAGAGCAGUUUUCAGAUCAGCGUUCAUCAGCACUGCGUCGCUGCAGCAGUGGGAACAGGUGGCUGUGUGCACUGUGUGUCAGAGUGUGUGUGCACGUCUUUUUUUUCUUUUUUCUUUUUUUUUUUUUUUGAUGAGUGAAUAUGUGCGUCAAUGUGUUCACUAUCUUCACCUCUGUCUGUCCUGUUCCUCAGUGCUUGGUUUUUGUAAAGUUACCAGAGUCUCUUUGUCCAAAACAUGAACUGUGGAAGUACAGCACAGUUUAUAUUCAGAACCAAAAACACUGGUGAUGCAAGGGAAGGGUGUUAAAUUAUUUAAUUGUAAGAAUUCUACUCAGAUUGAGUUUUUUGGGGGGGCAUAAAAAGAGUUUAGUGUCACCAAAGCAGAAAAAAGACCCAAUGGAAAACAACAGGACAAAUGUCAUUUAAUGUCACAGUAAAGACCAACACAGUCAGACCUGCAUCGGUCUUAAAAGUGACUCAAAUCUGAAACAGAAAUAGGGUUUAAGAUCAGGGGUGUCAGGGGCCACAUACAGCCCACUUUGAUCUGAAGUGGGCCGGACCGGUAAAAUAACAGAAUAAACACCUAUAAAUAAUACAACUCCAAAUAUUUCACUUUAUUGUAGUGCAAAACAUUUAAAUUACAUUAUGAACAUGUUGAUUAUGAACUGUCCUUUCACAAAAUAAAGACCUGAACUACCAUAACCAACCUGCAAUUUCAGAACAUUAUUAUGCCUCACCUUAGUUUUUACACAUUAGAGACACAAAACAUGUAGUAACAGGCAUAACAUUGUUAAAAAUGCACUUACUUUUCUUAAGAAAUCAGGUUGUUCAUACGUUAUUUGCAUUUUCUGUGAAAGUAUAGUUUGUAAAUGUCAACAUUUUUAUAAUGUGAUGUUAUUCAACCUUAAAACAGAUACAAAUUUGGAGUUGUCAUUACGUCUAGGUUUCUAUGCUAUUACUUCACUGGUCCGACCUGCUGGAGUUUCACAUCCUCGACUGUUAAUAUCUUUAGUGUCAAUUUUGCACUUUGUAAAUUCCUCCUUUGGGCCAGUUUUGGACCUGUGGUGGUGACACAGUGCAGGUCCAGAGUCACACAAGUGCCUCUGUAGAUACAAAGAAGAACAGAUAGACAUAUUUUCUUACGACUACAGAUCAAAAAGAAUCUCCACUGUGGCGUCACAUCUUCAGCUCUACUUCUUACACUCAUAGCAUUAACUAUUUUUCUUCAGAAUAUUUUCUCCACAGUAACCAAAAAUAGCUUAGAUCGUUUUUAGAAAUAAUGAAAAUGAAAUACAGUCGGUAGGUGUUUGAGCAGGAUUUUGAGGUGCCUUCACAAACGCUCGAUUUAAAGCUGCACUGUGACAGGUCAAAGGUCACUCAGGUGAGACUCUCCGCUGCCUCAUCCGAUGAAACCCGGUCCUUCCACCUCCCGUCUGUGGAACGACCAGGUUUCUCAUCCCUCUAGCGAAUCGGAAGAACUGAAUCCGUUGAAGAGAUCUACCGCGUUUGCGUUCCGUCUACGAAGCAGAAAAUUCCGCAAACUCACGUCAUUUUCACACACACACACCCUAAUCUCAUUUAUCCAAAGAUAAAAUGUAUCAAGUCUGUAUUUUAUUUUAGUAACUGAGCCUUCAUAUUUCAUAUCCUGCAGCUGCGGACUUGUCUGAUUGUUUUCUAACUUUGCUUUAACACUAACUUUAGCAGCUGAUAAAGAUUUACCUUCAGUAAACCUUAGCUUCAUGUAUCGAUUAGACCAGAUUCAGUCUUGCUGUUUCCGUUUUCUUUCUUUCUUUCUUUCUUUCUUUUUUUUAAAUUUUUAUUAGAGUGAAAUUCUCGUUGGUGUGUUCAGGAACAUGACCAGAGUCAGUGGGCUGUGAUUCUUCUCUCAGUAGGUCAGCUUUGUCGACCAAAGGAACAAUGGUUGUGUAAGUUCUCUUUAAUGUAUGAUCACCAUCAAACUGACAUCUUUGAAGUGUCUAUAAGGGGAACAAAAACAAGGACGUUUUUGGCAAAAGUACGGUUGGUCUUCCUGCCUUUAUGUACCCGAGUCUAAACAAAUCCCAGACCCUCGUCACCUCCUCCUCCUCCUCUUGUUCCUCCUCCUCUUUUUCACUUCUCCUGAGGGAAAGCAACGGUAACAGUAACUAUUUUGACUAUCAGUCCCCUCUCUUUGCUGAUUCUUAGUUGUUUUUUUUUUUACUCUAGGGAGAAUGACUGUGCCUUUGCCAGAAAGCUGCUGUUGCUUUUCCCCGUUUUCCAAAAACUCAGGGUGUGAUGUUGUGCAGAACUUGUGUAGUGCAAUAUCUGACAGAUGCUCAGUGCUUCACACCUUUAUGUACGAAGGAAGGCUUCUUCUUCUUCUUCUUCUUCUUCUAGAUGGAUGAAAUAGUGUAAGAAUCCCAUGUUUGCACCUGCUCAAAGGCUUAAAAAAGUAUGAUUUUCCAGAAAAACUCAACGCAUUGUUGAAAUAACCCAGGGCUUUAACACCGCUUUAAGGCUGCUUCUGUCACAUGGUUAGUUUAUUUUCUUCAGCUUUGUCUCCACAAUCGAGUUAAUGCCAGAUAAACACCCCACCCCCCACCCCCACCCCCUCCCCCUCCACCCACCAUGUACCUCAGGUGACUUUAUGAAGGUAUCCUGUCAUUGAUAACAUACACUCCAGCCGCAGCUUUUAGUCUCCCCAUGUUUAUUUUAGAGAAUAAAAAUGUCCAGUUGAUGAAUGUAAUGUGUUCUCAAUACUGUUGGUUCUGUUUAACUUAGCACUGUAAACAUUCCAGUUCAACAUCCCUUCAACAGCCAAUGAAAAACCACAUCAGCGCUUUGAAACCUGUCAUUGUGUCGGCAUCCCUUUCAGUUAUAAGCAUUCUAAAUUAUAUUAAAUAUAUAUCAACUGUAUAUUUGACUUUUUGUAAAAUAAACCUAACCAAGAAACACUG